AUGUUCGAAACUCAACAAACUAGGUUAUCGUACGCAGAUGGAUUUGAUAAGAGCCGUUAUUGGGGUAACUUGUCUCCUUAUCAUCCAGCAGAUGGAUUCGGUGUUGAAUAUAACGAAAUACCCUCAGACU